UAACAGAAAAAACGGAUAAAUGGAAAGAGAGCAAAACAGUAGAAAGCGAAUCUAAAAAGAAUGGCUUGUAUUUCUUCACUGAACUCUCUGUCUCAACGUCCUUUCAAUCCCAAUUUCUCAUCUUUCUCUUCCACCAAGCCGAGUCUUUACAUUCUAAAAUCCAAGCUUAACACUAACAUUCCUGCUCCUUCAACUCCUUUAAGCUGCAGCAGACGCAGAAACCAACAUCAACAUGUUCUCUGCUGCAACAACAACUACAAACAAGAAGAAGAACUGCUUUUUUGCCUUGGAGAAGUACCACGUGGAGCUGGAACUAAAAGAAGAGAAGCUUUAUUCAAUAUGGUAUUUACUGCUUUUACUUUCCCUGCAAUUGCCUCUACUGCAUUGGCAGCCACAGGCGUGGCAGAGGAUUCACGUGUUUAUACCGAUGAUGCGAACAAGUUUAAGAUAUCUAUUCCCCAAGGCUGGCAAGUAGGUGCAGGAGAACCAAGUGGAUACAAAUCCGUCACUGCUUUCUAUCCAGAAGAAGCUUCUAAUUCAAGUGUCAGCGUUGUGAUCACCGGGCUUGGUCCAGAUUUUACUAGAUUGGAAUCAUUUGGCAAAGUUGAUGCCUUUGCUGAGACUCUGGUGGGUGGAUUGGACAGGAGCUGGCAGAGGCCCCCGGGCGUGGCAGCAAAACUUAUAGACUCUAAAGCUGCUAAUGGGCUUUACUACAUCGAGUAUACGCUGCAAAAUCCAGGCGAAAGUCGCAGACAUUUGCUUUCAGCACUUGGAGUUACAUUCAAUGGUUGGUACAACAGACUAUAUACGGUGACAGGGCAGUUUGUCGAUGAAGAAUCAGAGAAAUUCGGCACCGAGAUCAGGAAGGCUGUUUCGUCCUUCAGGUUCAUUUGAUGACAUAAAGUAAACCUGGCUUGAAACUGUACCAUUCUUCCAUUUUUCUUCUUUGGCGGCCCCAUAUGUUAAGAAUUCUUGAGUAAUCACAUAUGUUGAGAGGAUUGAAGUCA